AUGCCAGUACUCUGCUCUGACACAGACACGGGGAUUGACUAUGAGUCUUUGCCAAUGUUUAUAUCGCAGAUCAUUUUUUAUGAAGACAAGAGCUUCUGGGGCCGCAGCUAUGAAUGUAGCAGUGACCACCUUGACCUGCGAUCCUGUGUGAAACAGUGCAGUUCCAUCCAGGUGGAAAAAGGCAGCUGGAUGAUUUACAAGAAUCCCAGUUACUCAGGACACCAGUACUUUUUAAAAAGGGGAGACUAUCCUGACUUCCAGAAGCGGAUCAGUCCCUGCAACUUCCUCAGGUCUUGCCGUGUGAUCCUACAAAAUUCUGUUUCCCACAAGAUUCAGCUCUAUGAAAAAGAGGAGCUCCAAGGCCAAAUGCUGGAGCUGACUGAUGAUUGCCCAUCAGUCCCAGGCUACAUCCAUCUCCCUGAGAUCUGCUCCCUCAAUGUUUUAGGUGGCUCUUGGAUCUUGUAUGAAAUGCCCAGCUUCAGGGGCCAACUGUAUUUACUGAAACACAGGCAAUACAGAAGAUCCCCUGACUGGGGUGCACUAAAUGCCAAAAUUUUCUCUUUGCAGAGGCUGGCUGACUUGUACUGA